AUGUGCCGCUUUGAGCUGCUUGGUUGUUUGAUCUUGCUGUCCCAUGACCUCAAGGACAAGCCCCACUCGCCGCUGCUCCGGCCUGACGGCCCACCCCGUCAUGGCAAUACCGGCGCGCAGGAUAGCAGUGCUCCCAGCCUUGGGACGGCAUCCAGCCCGGAGCCGGCCCUCUCGCCGUCCGAACGCGCACUGCUCUCCGACCUUGCCCGCCUGAGCGACCUCCACAUCCGCCUGCGCGCGCACGCCACACACAUUGCCGCCGUACACCCGUCCGCGCGCCAUGUGCUCGCCGUCGAGGCAACUGUGCUCAAGCGUGAUCCGAUCCUCGUCGGUGCCUACGAUAUCGUACCACUGACGGCCGUUGUGGGCGCUUUUGCCGAUUGGCCGCGGCGAUUCGAGUGGUUGUGGGCCAUUGUACAGUAUAUCUUGCCCGAAAGCAGUGCUAGUCGAACCACGAAAGCAACUGCCAAAUCACCUGCAAAGAUCUCGCCGGACACACCAUCGGGUUCCCAGCUUAUCAACCGCCUCCGCGCAGAACUCCAGACCGGCUACGAAGAUGUUGAACGCACGGCACGCAGCCUCGUGCGCGUGGCCGAGACAACCUGGCUGAAGCAGGUCUCGGCGUGGAUUUUGUACGGCCGGUUGCCCAGCUUCGGCGGCGGCGACUUCUUCGUGCAGCAGGAAGCGUCCACGGCCGACAUGACAGGCGAAUACGUCUGCAUCAGCCAGCACCUGCCGGCCUUUGUCACACCUGCCACCGCCGCCUCCAUGCUUUUUAUCGGACGCUCGCUAGUGCACCUGCGCGCUAAGACGGACAGCAGGAGCAGCAACGGGCCCAAGGCCAGCCACUGGCUCAGCGACGGUGUCGUGGGCAGCGGUGCCAUGACCACGACCAGUACCGGCAACUACCACUUAUCGACCCAGCUGCAGGAGCUAUCCAAACUUACGUAUCCGCUGGAUGGCGCCUCGUUUGCUCGCACCAUAGCACACAUCCGCGCCGUACUCUCCCGCACGGCGUUGCGCAAGCUGCUGCCCCCGGCCAAGGUGGUUGACAUGCUGCAGCUGCUGCGCGACUUUUACCUCCUCGGCCGUGGCGAGUUUGCCAUGGCACUAGUCGAGCAGGCGGACGAGACGAUGCGCAGCCGCUGGCAGAGGUCCGACGGUGCAGGCGCUGCGCCGCCCACAACGGCCAGCAGCGUACGCGGUAUGACUGCUGUGAUUGUCAAAGACGGCGAAGUGGCGGCCGUGCUGGCACGGACGUGGGCGAUGCUAGGCGCCAUGCAUGGCCGCAACGCCAAUGCCGACCAGGGUGAGGAGGAGGAUGAGGGUAUGGAGCUGGCGCGGGAAACUUUGCGGCUUGUCUUGCAAAAAUCAACCACAUCCACGUCCACCACUCCAGCAGCACGGACACCAUCGGCAGGCGCCACGGUGGUGGCCGGUAGCCUCGGAAAUGGACGGCAACGGCACACCACCCUUGCUUCAAUCGCUUCAACGCCUUUCCAGAACCUCUUGUUUUCGGUUCCCGCGUCUCUUGUGCUACAGAUUCCCUACCCGCUGGACCUGGUUCUCAGUGCUGCCGACCUUCAGUCGUAUUCGGCGAUUCACGCCUACCUACUAUCCAUCCGCCGCGCACAUAUCCGCCUGACAGGGUUAUGGAAACUGUCAUCACUACGACGGCACCACCCGCCACCGCCAACUCCUCCGUACGGUGGCCGUGGUCGACACAGCCUCGAGCAGGUCCAAAUGCUACGUGAGAGAUACACCACUCGUGCCAACGCGCUGCGGAGCGUUUGGGCAACUACUAGCGCGGCCAUCUUCUUUUUGGCAGAAAUCGAGAACUACUUGCAGAUGGAUGUCGUCGUGGAGCUAUGGGACGGGUUCCAGAGGUGGCUGACCAUUGGAAACGACGAGCCGAUGAGAGGGGUCGGGGUCAGCAGCAGCGUCUCCCAGAAAAGCAAACCCGCCGAGCGGAAGGAAGAUAGCGAUGCCGACGUAGAAGGUGGCAACGAAGAUGACGCAGACGAAGACGAGGACAUUUGGCUAGCCGAAGGACUAGCCGCGGAAGACGACACAGCCCUCCGCAUGGACGACCCUGUGGCCGCAUCCCACGAUCCCCAGAGCCUCGCGACUGCGCACCGCCGCUACCUGCGACGCCUCGUGCGCCGGUUGCUGCUCGACCGUGCGCACUGGACGGAGCCGCUGUACGCGCUGCUUGUGUCCAUCGAUCAAAUGGCCGCACUUGUGCACCGUUUACAUAGUCUAUGGCUGGCACUCGAUCUCGAGUCCGACGCGGGUGUUGUCGACGCCUUUGUAGACCUUGACCGCGAGCAGCACGACGUCUUGGAUGCGCUGGCGGCGGCCGAGCGGGGUGUGCGGCAGGGUGUGCUGACAGUCGUGGGCGUGCUACGGGACUUGGAAGGACAGGAGGAUGGCCGUGGCGAAGAGGAGGAGGAGGAGGAUGAGGAGGACGACGACGGAGACUUUGGUGGCUGGGCCGACGGUGGUCUCGCCGAGAACGGCCUGCGGGCGGCCGGGGCGUACGUGCCGCGCCGGGUUGGACGGCUGGAUCGGCUGUUAAUGAAGCUGGACUUUGGCAGUUGGGGUGGCUAA